CAAAUGAUUUAAAGAGUAUGUUUAUUGAAAAUGUAGUUUAAAAUACUCAGUCGAGUCGGGCUUAUGUCACGUGACCUAUAUUGUGACCGAAAAUAUAGAGAUUUAUCUAGUCAUCAUAUUUUGCCAAUGUACAGUGAUUGCGGGAUAAAUAUAUUUACUGGUUUUGUUUUAGUGCUCAGCUUCACACUACGACUUUGGAAAUACAUCGGCAAAUGUUCAUCCCAGGCUGGUUUCAGACACCCUCAUAACGAAACAAGACAUCUUCAUACAGUUCCAAACUUUAAAGGUCCUCUGUCAUAAAUUAAAUAUGUCUACCAACGAUCAGAGAUGUGUCAAACGUGGGGUCUCGUCAACACAUUGUGGAAACAACCGUGAUCUGAAAGUACAAACAUCAGCACAUGCUUGUGAGAAACCUUUUCGAUGUGGGAUGUGUUUAAAGUGUUUCUCGUGCAAGACUAAGGUUAAGCACCAUAUAAGGAUCCACUCUGGUGAAGGACCACAUCAGUGUGAGGUGUGCAAAAAGUGUUUGCAUCCGAGUUCUGGCUUGAAAAAGCACAUGUCAGUUCACGCUGGAGUCAAGAAUUUCACGAGUCAGUAUAUGCUUCGUUCAGGCAAGCAAAAGGCUUCAAAAACACUGGCGGCUACAGAGGCUCUCCCACUAGCCAGACGGAAAACGAAGCACAAGACAGCACAUCAUCAUCUGCCUCCACAAUAG